AUGAAGUGCUUCAGCCGUGAUAUGAUUGUCCAGACACCGGCUGGGUAUAGGCGAAUGGAUGAACUUGAGAUUGGGGAUCAUGUUCUGUCGAUUGACGAAAAUAUGAUCCAAUACUCUCCUGUCGUCAUGUUUCUUCACAAGAAAGAAGACGUCGAGGCGGAAUUCUACAAAGUCCAACUGAAAAAUGGCGAAUUCAUCGAGCUCACCGAAGAUCAUUUGAUUUACAAGACGGAUUGUGAGAGGCGAGGCAAAUUAGAGCUCGUCUAUGCUAAGGACCUCAAGGCCGGAAUGUGCCUUGAUUUCUCGAAAGAUCACAAGAUGAGCUUGCAGCGGGAUGAAAUUGUGACCAUUGAAAAGGUCCGUAACACCGGAAUCUACGCUCCAUUGACCGCAACGGGAGAUAUCUUUGUUAAUAAUAUCCUCGCAUCGUGCCACACAAACUACGCCGUGAAAAGCCUGCAGCAAACGUUCUUCGCUGUGUACCGUAUGGUGAAGGGCCGAUAUGACAGUCUAUUUGAGAAGCCGCUUAUUCAGGAAUCAGAUAUGCCGUACGGAGCCGAGUACCUCUCGUCGGUACUUGACCUGUUCGUCCCAAAGAACCUUUUC